AUGACAGCAGCCGGCGCCGGCGAGCGCGACGACCCAUUCAUAAUCGAUAGCAGCAGCGACGAGGAUGCGCCUCGACCGCCGCCGCCGCAGCAGCGCCCGCGCCAGCCCGCGACGCCGAGCAGGCCCAACAAGGGCAAGGGACGGGCUCGCCCAGUCGACUCGGACUCGGAUACCGGGAUCAUGCCCCCGUUUUCUAGACGAAUACGCGGCUCGGACGACGAGGAGCCCUCGGUCCCCGCGCAGCCCGUGGCGUCUUCCUCGCGAGUGACAGCAACCUCGACCUCUCCGACUGUGAAAGUCAGCCAUUCGCAGCGCGGCACACCAAGAUCGCCCAAGAAGCGAAAGAAGUCCGAGUCACCAGUGUCACCCAGCAAGUCGCGACAGUCAGGCAUUAACGACUACUUUCAAACUAGCUCCAGAGCGAAUGGCGAACCGGCACCGAAGCGACGUGCAACUGGGACCCAGCCCGAAGCCUCUGUACCCAGAAACAAGAAAAUGUCUGUGGCGGAAUUAUCCAGACGCUUGGAAGCCGAAUCAGGCAGCGGCCUCACGCCCAGAUCCACAGGCGGGCCUUCGCGGAAUAGAGGGGCUGACGGGCGUAGCAGACCCAACAGCGACUCUGCUUCCAGACCAACGUCAACGAUGGCACCGCCCGACAGACCUUCGCUGCGGGCAUCGAACAACCAUGCCGCCAACCAGGCGAGUGGGAGUGGCAACACUUCGUCGAGUUCCGACGCGACGAAUCCUUUUGCUGCACGAAAGGAGUCACCGCCCCCAAGAAACAUUGCGCCAGAGAGAGCGAUUGUGUCGGAUGACACCCCUGGGUCGUGGUCCAACCCCUCGCCUCUGGUUGCGACGAGAACAAGACGGACGGCGUCGCCAUCCGGGUCAGCCGCCCAGAGAGGAACAGCGUCCCCCGCUCAGAGACCCCGGUCCAGACCCAGUUCUGGUACUUGGGAGAACCCCGAGCCAAUGACGACGCCCGCUUUACCGGCUUCUUCGACCCAGCGCCCAUCAUCCUCCAGAAGACCAGCGUCUCGAGACAGCUCGGGAACAUGGGCUCAGCCCGAGCCCCUGGUUGUGAACACGGGAAGGAGGAACGCGCGCCCGCAAGAGACCGACUCGAGUGGUGUCGAGACGGAAGAUGCACCAAGGCCUAAGCCUACGAAAGCUCGCAAGACGGGCGGAGGCAAGGCUCCUCGGCGCAUGCCUCCUCUUCCUCCGUCGUCUCAGGACGAGCCGCCAUCGCAUCCCCGGCCUGCACCACCGGCUACCCCGCAGCGUGCUCCGAAAUGGGCGACCUCGGCCGCCCCAGCGCCAGUCAUUCCAAGCCCCGUCAUCACGCGGGCCGCCCCCGCCGUCAACCGAUCCGUGAGCCCAGAGAGGCCAGCGGACACCGGGGAGCCGUAUAUUGGCGAUGACCUGGCUGAGGACAUUGUCGUGCAACAACAGCAAAGCUCGCCGAAUGCCAACCCGCCCGAGGAGGACAGCUCCGAUCCCCUCGCAGCUCUGGACGAGGAAGAAGAAGACCUGUCCCUGCUUGAGGGAUCCGGCGACGAGCUUCUUGAGCCGCCCCGCGCUCGAGCUUCGCCUUCUCCCAGCCCAUCCAGGCUGGAGUGGCUGGACAGUGACGGCGAUAGUGGCCUCGAUAUGUUCGGCAACGAGGACGAAGGUGGUCGGAGCGCCGUGAACGGGUCGAGAGGCCAGCCGUCGACGGGGGCAAGGAGCUCAGAAUCUGCGGUCGGUGCCUCGACCUCUUCUCGCAACCACGCCUCAGCCUCUGCUCGCCCGACAAGUAGAUCCAACGGCACAGCGCCCCAGACAAAUCUCACCGAGGCCGACAAGGCUACCGUCUUCAGGGAAGAGCUGCGACGCAUGCGUGCACCACCUGUCCCAGUGGUCAAUGGACAGAGCAGAAGAAACGGCCUGACCAACGGACGCCACAUUCGCUUCAGUGAUUCCCCAUCCCCGGAGCCGGAGCGCAUCGAUGUGAACAUGACGGAAUACAGAGAGCUCCUCAAGUCGGCUACUGCCCGGCAUUAUGAAGGGCAUCAUGAUCAUAUCAGCCUUGGAACCCCGGGGGUACCCAAGACGCCAUUUGCUGGCUUGCGCGAGGCCCAAACGUCGCCCGUCGACGACGAGCCGCCUGCAGGCCGUCGUGGUAUUGCGAAGCGCAGCUUGGGCGUGCCGAGGGUGCACGAUAUUCAAAGAGCUGCGGCCUACCUUGCUUCCCGACCCGAGCUCUUCUGCUCGAUUAUCGAGGCCAUGAUCUCCGUGGCCACAAGCGGGGACGAGCACGGGGCUCCCGAGAUCAAGGUCGUCAACGCCGAAGAUGCAGUUGGCUCCCCGCCGCCUACCAACUACGAGUACUCGAACGAGAUGCUCUACAGUGAAGCGAUUCCUGACCCAGAGCUUGGUAAGGGAUGUGAUUGCGAGGGCGUGUGUGAUCCAAACUCGCAAACGUGCUCGUGUGCCGCCCGGCAACAGUUGUACUUUUACAACCUGGGGCCGACUGGGUUUCAAUGGGACGAUAACGAGAGGAUCAAGCACCCAGACUGCACUAUCUGGGAAUGCGGCCCGAACUGCGGUUGUCCGCCAGAGUGUGGGAACCGGGUGAUUCAACGUGGCCGCCAGAAGAACGCCGACGUCUCGAUCUUCAAGACGGAGAAGAAGGGCUGGGGUGUCCGUGCUCGUGGCAUAAUCGAACGCGGCACGUUCCUCGGUAUCUACUCAGGGGAACUCAUCACCGACGCCGAGAGUGAGCGACGAGCGUCCGAGCUCUACGACCAGAUCGGCACCACGUAUCUGUUCGAUCUCGACGGGUACCACCUCACCAACCCACCCGAAGGGCUCGAGGAUAUCGACCCGCGGGCGUAUGAGUUGGCUAGGAUGGUGAAGCAGCGAGCCGAUGCGUCGGGGUCGGACGACGGCAAGUACUCGGCGUACUCUGUCGAUGCUUUCCAUUAUGGCUACACUCGGUUUAUCAACCAUUCGUGCGAGCCGAACGUUGUUAUAACCCAAGCCUAUGUCAAGGACUUUCACCCGGAAAGGCCACUGCUGGUUAUGAUCGCGCGCUACGACAUCUUCGAGGGUGAGGAACUGUGCAUUUCGUACAAGGGGACCAAGGACGACGAGCCCGCGCCGCUGCUGCCUGAGGCGCUUCGUGAGCGGAGCGAGACGCCGGCACGACGUGGACAAGGCUCCAAGUCAACUACCGUGCAUGUCAGCCCUCGUCGGCCGGCCGAGCAGAAGGUCCACCGCUGUCUUUGCUGCAACGGCAAUAUGUUCAGCUGGGAUUAG